AUUAUCUCAAAUGUAGGUAUUUAAGACUAAAUUCAUGUGCUAUCCAAAUGUAGUGAAUUCAAGCUUAGUUUAGAGAAAUAUGGGACUAUUAACUAUUGGUGUCAUAGCAUUCCUGAUUGCACUACCCUUGGAAGCUUUGCCGAUCUCGCAAAUUAAUGCCGUACAUAUCGCCGUACCAGUCUCAUGGAGGAAAUAUUUUGGAAAGCCUAGUUCACAUUUCAAGUACAAAUAUAUGCCGAGGAGUGAAUACUACGAACCGAAAGUGUCAGAAGAAUCGGACAAUUAUAUAGAACGACUUAUUAGAGAAGCUCUACAAGCCCCACGUAACAUGGAGAGAGAUAGAAGAUCCACGCCAAGAAUGGACAUCGACACGGACUACUAUUUGAUAAUUGAAAGUGAUCAUUUUGAUAAGUAAUAGAAAGUGAUCAUUGAAAGUAUUGAAACCACAUCGGAAUAAUGGUGAAAGAAUUUACAAAAUAUUAGAACUGAAAAAUAAAUAUAUUU